AUGAACAAGUUUUUUGAGGAACUUUCAAAAGGCAGAACACGGAAUGAAGCAAUGACGAUAUUCAGAAAUGAGAUUCUGAAGAAAAAGAUGGCAAUAAACAACAAUAAGAAGAGUCUGGAGGAGAAUAGUGCAGACUUGGAGGAAUUGAUGAUGUUAUACAAGAUAUCUGAAAUGCUGAAUAAAAUGAAGUUAUAG